AUCUUUAAUAUAAACCAUAAAAUUUCAAUAUUUACAUUGAAUACUUGUUAAAUGUACAUGUCGUAUUUUAUAUAAACCUAGGAUGAACGAAUCAAGCAUAAUAGAUGGUCGGCUGAUGAGAAGUCUUUCUUGAGGGAAUACAGCCAGGCGUCAACAAGAGGAGAAUCUGAAAAUAGUUUCUGGAACAAUUGUGCGACAGCCAUGAACAAGAAGUUUGGUGGAAAAAACAGAACAGGAAAAUCUUGUAAGAUGGCAGCUUGGCGGUUGAGCCUUACCAGUACAUCUAGCAACACAGCAUGUACCUCUUCAGCUGCUGAAGAUUUUGGAGAUUUUACACAGCUGCCGGAGACAAACGGUUGUGAUGUGGGAACACAGACUGAGUGGUCUUUCAAUAGAAAGAAUAGGACAAGCAAGCAAGAUUGGAUAUUCUUUGAGCCACGAAAAUAUCUGCAGGGGACAAAGAGCAAGUGUGCUGAGACAUUAAAUACUGCUGCACUGAGACGUCUAAGGACCUAUUCAGAGCUAAAGGAAGAGGACAUACAUGAGAUCAUAAAAAAAUUAUGUUCCAGCUCUUCACAUGAAGUUGCAGCCCACCUGUUGUCGUCACCCUUGCGAGGAAGUAUUAUUGUGGAACUUCUGAAUGAAAUUGAAUUUGCAGCAAAAGAAUGCUGCAACAAGGAAAGUGUUUUGGCCCAAAAGGAAUUCUGUGACUUGACUGAUUUUAACUGGCAUGAACUCAUUGGUGAACUUCUUGAACAACAACCAUUGCUAGCUGAUGUUCUCUUGGCAGUGUCACUACCAACAUCAAAAAUAGGGAAUACCAACAGUGUUCAUAAACUUAUACCAGUUUUAUCAACUGUGUUUGGAAUGCUGAUGAAAACCAGAUACCAAGAGCUGUCUUUAGUUCAGAAGAUCAUUGCAAUGACUUUGGCUAAUGAACAGACAAGCCAAAAAGUAAAUUGUGUCACAACUAUGUUUUGUUGCCUUCAGACAUUGUGUUAAGAGCCCAAUGCCACAAACUAUUGACUAAUCAAAAAAUUGGAUUGAAUAAACUAGAAAAAAAUGUCUCUUAAAUGGACAUUCCCCUUUAUCUGGUAUAAAUCAGUGAAGUAUUUAAUAAGAUACGUCUUAAAACAUUGGAUUUGUUUUUAUUUUUAAAACUCCAACAUAUCAGAAAAAGUUAAGUGGCAAAGUACCAAAAUAAUUAAAGUUUGUGAAUUUGGGCAUUCAAAUGUUAAGAAUUCUGUUCAUGUUCAUUGCACAUGUUUUAUCUAUGGAAACUUUAUUAUUAUUGUUUUUAAGUUUAUGCAUUGUAUAUUUUUUUAUUAUGCAUUUGACUAUGCAAAUGUUGUUUUUAAUUUGUUUUCAAGUUGGUGUUUAGGGUUGUAUUACAGAAAUGUUCAUGAUUUUUAUGCUCCCCAAAAAAUUUCGGGGAGCAUAUAGUUGCCGGGUUGUCCGUCCGUCAGUCAGUCCGUCCGUCAGUCAGUCAGUCAGUCAGUUCGUCCGUACGUCCCGAAUUCGUGUCCGGCCCAUAACUUUGUUAUUUGAAGUCGGAUUUUAAAACUAUUUCACAGAAAUGAUCACCAUAUUAAGACGACGUGUAGCAAGCAACGUUUGGAUCGCUACCUUGACGUUCAAGGUCACAGCAUGACCUUGCAGCAAAAUCGUGUCCGGCCCAUAACUUUGUUAUUUAAAGUUGGAUUUUAAAAUUAUUUCACAGAAAUGAUCACCAUAUUAAGACGACGUGCCGCGCGCAACAUUUGGGCUGCUACAUUAAAGGUAAGGUCACAGCAUGACCUUGCAUCAAAAUCGUGUCCGGCGCAUAACUUCGUUAUUUAAAGUUGGAUUUCGAAAAUAUUUCACAGAAAUGAUCACCAUAUUAAGACGACGUGAUGCACGCAAUAUUUGGGUCGCUACCUUGAAGGUCAAGGUCACAGCAUCCACAUGGAACAUCAUAAUUGUGACACUGCAUCUGACUACGCAAACCUUGUGCUUCAAGUAGGCGUUCUAUUCAUGGAAUUGAAUGAGAUUGUCACAGCAUGACCUUGCAGCAAAAUCAUGUCUGGCCCAUAACUUGGUUGUUUGCAGUCAGAUUUAACAACUAUUUUUGACAAACUACUUCUGUGUCCGAUACCUACUCGGGGAGCAUUACCCGGUUCGACCGGCUCUUGUUCUGAACUAAAGUAGUAUUAUUUGGUUGCAUGUUAAAAUAUCUAUAUUUUUUAUCUUUUUAUUACAGUUUUUUUCUAUUGAUGAUUCUGUAAUAUGAACAAGGCCCCUAUUUAUGUUCAUAAAUGAUGUUGUCAAUGACCAAAAAAAGAAUAACUGUACUGAAAGUACUGUGGUCAUCUUUAAAGGACACAACACUUUAUCAAAACUGUCCGUUUACAUUGUCACCAAUUGCAAAUAUUACUUAGGGCUGUUCCAGGAAAAAGUGUUGGGGGUGGAACGGAACUUAAAAAUGGGGUUACCACAAUACAAUUUUAUCUUUUUUUGGUACAGUCCAUAUGGAAAUUCCAGGAAACACCCCCACCCACCGAAUUUUAAUUGAUUUCCGUUCCACCACCACCCCCCCCGGGGAUGCCGUUUUCCCUGGAACAGCCCUUAGUCAAAAUGUUCAUUUAGAUAGCUUUUAAGUGUUUGUAUAUACAUAUUUAUAUAAUAUAAAUAUAAUGUCUAGUAUGAAAUUAAUGGGAAAAGUAAAUAAAGAAAAAAAUAUUUUUA